CAUUAGUGUGGAAGUAUCUAAAAGCCAAUUUCAACAAAGCAAAGAAUUCAAAGAUGAUAGACAUGACUGAGUUUCCAUGGAAUCUCUCUCUUAUUUCUUUCCUUUUACGCUUUCCUCAAAUGCUUAGAAAGAUCAUCUCCAUGACUCUAAGCUCUAGUUCUCCUCUUCCUUCUUCAUCUCCUUCUUUACCAUGGAUGCAUCUUCAGUCCCCAGAUUCCGCUCUAAAGCAUUGUAUCUCUGCGUCUGAGAAAUGCCUGCAAGGGAAUUCACAUUCUAAGUGUCAAGUGCCAGUUCCGGAAGGUCUUGUUUUCGCAUCUGGGAAGUACCCAUUACAGAAUUUACGUUUCCAGCCGCAAGAUUUAACAACGAAAGCCACCAUCUUUGAUAUUGAGGAAAACCCACAAGAGAAUUCGCACUUUCGGCGGCAGAAUUUCAUUGAUAAAGACAUAAAAGGAUUGAAUUCUAUGGGCACAUGCAAAGGAGGAGAAGUUAAAGUGUCGAGCAAUGCACGGAAAAGGCCGGCUAGAAUCAUCAUACCGCAAUGUCAACCAGAUUUUAUUUUCGAUCAAGUGGGAUUGGAUUUGGCAGAGAAGGAAUGUCUGGUUGAAGGGAAAGAUUAUUAUGUUGCAAGUAAGAGAGGAAGAAGAAUGGUGAUGGAAGAUGGCUAUGAAGUCAUAACCAAUAUUCAUGGAGACUCUAAGCAGGCAUAUUUUGGUGUGUUUGAUGGUCACGGAGGCCGUGCUGCCGUAGACUAUGUUACUGAAAAGCUGGGAAAAAACAUUAUAGCAGCUCUUGGAGAGACUGAGAGGGGAGACAGCCAGCUCGAGGAAGCAAUUAGGGCAGGCUACCUUACUACAGACAAGAAUUUUCUUAGUAAGGCACUAGGCAGUGGGGCUUGUGUAGCUACUGUGAUUUUGAAGGAUGGGGAGCUAAAUGUAGCAAAUGUGGGUGAUUGUAGAGUGAUUUUGAGUAGGAAGGGCAUAGCUGAAGCCCUAACGAACGACCACAGUGCCGGAAGAGAAGAUGAACGGCUGCGAAUCGAAAGAACGGGAGGGUAUGUGGCAUGUUGCAAGGGAGUAUGGAGAGUUCAAGGCUCACUGGCAGUUUCGAGAGCGAUCGGCGACAUGCAUAUGAAAGAAUGGAUAAUUUCGGAACCGGAAACUAAUAAGAUUCGAUUAACAUCCGAUUGCGAGUUUUUAAUUAUGGCUUCUGAUGGGUUAUGGGAGAAGGUCACUAAUCAAGAGGCUGUUGAUGUGGUCUUGAGAAACAAGAACUCCAUUGAAUCAUGCAAGAAGCUUGUGGAUCUUUCUUGGGGUAGAGGCAGUGAGGAUGAUAUAACAGUGAUUGUGGUCCACCUACAACAUUUCACACAUAUGGGUGGUUGAAUGUUACAGUUCAAACAUGAGUUUUUACUAGGGUGGCCCCUUCUGCCCUUCCAAAUGGCAAUCUAGGCUGUUCAUUAAGUAGGCCCCAUUGUGGAUGACCCACAUUGCAAAAUCCACUGACUCGCGAUUGUUCUUGUUCUUACAUAUGUUGAGAUCUGUGCCUUAAUUUGUUGUAGCUUACCUUGCUAUGUAUGGUAAGGAUCUUUGAUCAGUGAUGUUUUUUUUUUGCAUUAUGGCCUAUCUAUAGUGAGACUUUGUAGAUGAACGGCUCGGAUUGUGUAAAGAGAUGACACGCCUUUGAUAAAAGGGUUAGGAGAUCUAAAUCAUGGGGCAGUGGUAGAAGAAAGCUGGUGCAUUUUGGACAAGGAUGCAAUUAAAAGGUUCCAACAACAAGUAAAAUUUUAUUUCAUAGCAUGUAUAUUUUUAUUUAAUGAAAAACCCUUUAUUUAGCUUGA